AUGCCGCCGACUCUGGUCGGUCAGAUCACCAUGGAGAAGACGCCAUCGUAUUUCGUGACGAGCGAGGUGCCGAGGAGGGUGAAACACAUGAAUCCAGGAAUGAAACUGAUCGUCGUGGUAAGGGAUCCCGUGACCCGGGCGAUCUCUGAUUACACGCAAGUGAAGAGCAAACGUCGCAAGAUGCCGCGGUUCGAGGACCUUGCCUUCCUGAACGGAUCGAGAAUCGUCGACACUACCUGGGUCCCGUUGAAAAUUGGGGUGUACGUGCGGCACCUGGAGAGAUGGCUGCAGUACUUCCCGCUGUCGCAGUUUCUGUUUGUGUCCGGUGAACGUCUGAUCGCCGACCCGGUGAUGGAGAUCACUCGCGUGCAGGACUUCCUGGGCCUCAAACGGGUGAUAUGCGAGAAACAUCUUUUCUGGAUGUCGGCCAUGAGUUACAAGCAGAAUCUCUUGGAGAAGAAAGGUGCGGCCGACCCCGAGGAGGCGCAGUCCGAUGCCGUUGUUAUCUACGAAAAGUACACCGCACUCCUUUGUCACGCGACUUUUUCUGCUUGUCGCUCGUUAGUCAAGUGCCUGGCAUUCACCGCACACUCUCCAUUAUCUCCCGGCGUUCUUAUCGUCGCAACUGUAUUACAAAUACUUAUCGGAGUUAAUCAGCACGAUCCAGAGCAGUCCGUGUCCAAGUGUACAUCCCAAGAUAAGGAGAACAGGUUCAGAUUGCAGCAGCGGAAGUGA